AUGUCAACGGAAGAGAAGAAAGAAAAUGAAAAAUCUCACGCGCAAUGUCGACCUCCGCGGCCCCUCGAACCGUCGCCGCCCGCCUCCCUUCCUCUCUCUCCGUCUCAUCCCCACCAACCAUACCUCUCUCCUCCCCAUCUCCCUCCCCUCCCACCCGCGCUCCUUCUCCCUCUCCUCUCUCCGAAACCCUAUGCUCCCCUUCCCCCCCUCCCCCUUCCUCCCCCGCCGCCGCCGCCGCAGCUCUACCCCGUCGCAGUCGCCGUCGCCGCCGGUUCCCACCACCGCGCCCUCUGCGGCAUCGGCUUCCCCCCGAAGCCCUCCUCCCGCGCGCCGCCGCCGCCCCUGGACCAAUCCGUCACCGUCGCCAACCCCGCCGGGUACAUCCCCAACGCGAGCCCCACCGCCGUCAUGAACCUCCCCGGCGCCGCCGCCGCCCCCCAGGCCCGGCCCUUCGUGUACGGCGUCCCCGAUCACGCGGCGGCGCACGCGAUGAGGCCGCCGCCGAUGCAGGCGCAGCAGCCCCUGCCGCCGCUCGCCAUAGCUAGGCCAGUCGCGGCCGCUGGAGGAGGCGGCAGCGGCGUGGUCUCGCUUGCGGUGCCUCCGAAGGGCGUUCCUGCUGCUGCUCAUUCUAAGGUUUGCUCGUUGCCAACCGUAUCUUCAGCUCAUGAUUAUGGCAACUCUAAGGAGAGGGAUAGGAGCGGAGAAGAUACUCUGAUGACAAUUCACAGCCGAAAAGUCCGGAUUUUGGAUAGCGAGUCACCCUCCUUAUAUUCCCUUUGUCGAGCUUGGCUACGAAAUAGUGUGCCGCAUGAGAGUCAGCCAAAUAUUGGAAACAGUGUUGAGCUUCCAAAACCCUUGCCUGCUUCUAUGAUUGACGCUAGCAUAUUGAGGGACGAUGCAAAUGGCGAUAAGGAUGACGAAAGCAAUCAUGUACGCUCUGCCGAAGAGUUAUCCACACAAGAUUUACUAAAUGAGCACAUAAAGCGUGGUAAAAAGAUUCGUGCUCGAUUAUUAAUCGCAAUCAUAAAAGAAGGGAUCGAGUAUAAUGAGUUCCAAUCUACGGUUCUGCAGGUUGAGCAAAGAGCGCCGACUACGGAUCGAGAGGUACAGAGAAAGGCUCACCCUCCUCCUCCCUCCGAACCUUGAGACAGCGCGACACGAAACUGAGUAACUUCGCCUGCUUUUAAUCGCAUAAUCCGUGAAUUUAAACAAUUCUAACAAGAAAAAUAAGGGCUUGUACAGAGCAAUUUAUAGGUUAGGAUUUGUAGGAUGCACUUGUAUAUCCAAUGCUUGAUGUUCCUUUGUUCUUUCGCAGCAUCUGCUGCAUAGUGUUAAUUAGUUUCUACUUUCUGAGCUCCUAGUGGAGUGUAAAUGUUGCAUGUUUGAAGUGAUUCAUCAUCAUAGAGAGAAGGAUCAAAUCUUUUUUUUUUCUGAGUU